AAAGUUCGAAUUAUUGAAGGCGAAGUAGCGAAUCAGAAGGAUUAUCCAUUCGUGGUUAGCAUAAUUUACAACAACAGACAUAUUUGCGGAGGUUCUUUGAUUUCGGAACGUUACGUUUUAACAGCGGCUCAUUGUACUUAUUCAGGAAGCGAACCAAGAAAUAUAGAAAACAUUUUAAUUUCCGUCGGAUCCUCCAAAUGGGAAACCGGAACGAAAUAUGAAAUAUCUAAAUCGUAUGCUCACGAAGAUUACGAUAAAGCUACGACAACCAACGAUAUCGGAUUAUUUAAAACCGAAGAAGAUGUCGAAUUUACUCAAAAUGUACAACCGAUUAAAUUGUAUCUUAAUGAUUUACCCAAAGAAUCUGAUUUGGAAUGUAUGGUAAUCGGUUGGGGAUUUACAAGCGAUAAUGGUUUUAUGGUCAGAAAAGCUUCGAGUGUUUUGAAUUUGGUCAAAAUUAAAACGAUAAGUAUUGAAAGUUGUCGAAAAUUUUAUAGGCACAUUGAUGAAAGGAAUAUAUGUUUAACUGGAUCGAGUAGGAAGGGAACUUGUAGUGGAGAUUCUGGUGGACCUCUUUUCAUUCAAGUUUACACUGAAUUAAUGCAAAUUGGAUUGGUUUCUUUUGGUGGUGAUUGCAAUAACACAUCACCUGAGGUUCAUACAAGAAUUUUUUAUUUUAAGGAUUGGAUAUCAGAUGCUAUGACAUUGUUAGAUGUAGAUUAA